AUGGAUCUACUUACCCAAGAUCCAGAUUACCUUAAAUACCUCAAGCAAGCAAAAGCCUUAUAUAAAAAACCACAAAGAUCCAACCAAUCUGUCAGAAUAGAUAGAAUAGAAGAAGGGCUUAAUGAAACUCGAGAUACUAUAAAUUA